AUGUCGUCUCAAGGCGGCCAAGAAGGUGACGGCGCAAACAAUCAGGACAGUCAGCAGCAACUGGUCAAGAUCGACCCCGACGGUGAUCUCACCCUCGUCGUCGGCAGCAAGAAGACUCAUUUCCUCGUUUGCUCCAAGGCACUGUCCCGUUCAGCUCCCUUUUGGAAGCGGUGCCUCUAUGGACAAUUCAAAGAGGCAAAACCUGAGGGAGAACAGAAAUGGAUUGUCGAGUUUCCAGAAGACAACCCUUCUGCGAUGAACUACAUACUUCUCUUGACCCAUGCUUUGGGCCACAAGCUUCCAGAAGUCGACCUGAAACUCGCGUUCGAAAUUACCGUCCUUACGAACAAGUAUGACAUGACGCAACUGUUGUGGCCGGUCGCGAGGUCUUGGCUCGACGAUCUUGAGCCCCCGGCGCCGGAUGAGAGUGAUGACGAUACUGUCAUCCCUCAACUGCAGUGGCUUUGGGUUGCGAAAGAGCUCGGUGGCAUCGAAGAGUAUAUCAAAACUUCAGUCGAUCUUUCUCACAUCGUCUCAACUGCUGCUGAAGGAGAUGACGCCAAUCUUGUCCUCAGACCCUACCAACCAGGCGAUGGCAGUGUUCUCUCAAAAGAAGACCUCGAGGGAUAUGAGGCUGAGAAGGAUGUAAUCCUUCAUCUCGCAAACGAGGUCAAGAGAGCACGCAAAGUUGCGAUCUAUAAGAUACAGACGGUGUUGAAGGCGGACAUCAAAAUGCUACGAGAUACUAUCCGUGAAUUCGACUCCUCUGAGGGCUGCAGAGGUGCUAUCAUAUGCACGGGACAGAAAGCUAAAGGCUUAGUGAGUUUCAACAAACAGAGGCUUUGCGAAUACGCAAUGCAGGCUAUCGUCACCAAAAUUUCUGCUGGCAAAGACUCUGCGGUGAAGCCCAUUGCCAAAAUUUGCAUAUCGGUAGAAGACUACCUGGCAAGUGCGGUGUGUUUCACAUCUCGCAUCGAGAGAGAAAUCCAUAUCGUUUGCGGCGACGACCACAAAACCUGCACGCCUUUCCAAAGCAAGCUGCCGUCUCAGAAAGAUCUGAGGGCUCUGACUUCGGUAAUAUGGCGGUACAAGAACACCAACGCGUUCGAGAGGCAGGCCCGGAUUUCUGGUCUGGAAAAGGCGGGGAUGAACGACGAGGAUGAGGACCAAGGAAACACUGGCCGGAAGCGGUCUCGCGACGAGUUCGAGGCUGCGGCUUCUGGGUAGCAUUUUCCUGGAAAUGCAUUUUGAGAGCACAAAGAGGCCAACUACAUUUGAUCUCGCUUGGCGUUUCGGUCAUGGAGGCAAUGGCUGGUGGGAUAGAAUAUGUCUGACGACCUCAACACAUAUGGACCCAUGGACUCAGACGACUCGGAGAGAAAAGUGAUUUGGCGAAAAUUGAGAGAGCAGAAU